AUGAGCGAUCUUGACUUCAGCGCACUUACACACCAGAUGGUAACUACAGCGGGAAUAAUGCAUCAUCAGACAAAACUUGACAUUUUCAUCAUAAGAGCAUAUAAAUUACUGUCUAGUGGGUCGAUUAUAAACACGAAUACGUUGCAUAGUGUUACGAACUCGCCCCAGACAUCCACUAAUACUCCUGCAGGAACUGCGAAUGCAGCUUCGACGAACAGCGCAGGCACAGGUGGGUCAACAGGCAUAGCAGCAGCAAACGGUAAUGGCAGCAUCAAUGGUACGGCUAACGGCUCGCAAGGGAUCGGAAGCUCCAAUGCAAAUGUGAAUAUCAGCAAUGGAGGGUGUAAUACGCUGAACACCAACUCUACCAAUCCAAUACAACUUCAAUAUACACAACUGUUUGGGAAGAUUUCUAAACUAUACAAUGCGACUAUAUCGUCAGGGUCGAUCGAUGAUAGGUCAACCUCGCCCAAGUCAGCGAUAGAAUUGUAUCAAAGAUUUCAGCAGAUCAUAAAAGAGCUGGAACUUAGUUAUGAGGUAAGUCCAUAUAGUAGGUAUUUCAAGAGACUAGACCAAGGACUAUGGCAAAUCAAAGACGACUCAGAAUUGAAGAAUGAUAGACUUUGGGAGCACGUUUCAAUGUUCAUAUUUUCCAUUUAUGAUCCCAGGACGGGGCAGAUGAUUAACCAGGGAAGGAAAAAGGCUAAUUCUUUAGCGGCCUCUACAAAGGGCUCACCAAGUGAGAAUGGCAACGGAAAUGGCAGCUCUUCAAACAACAGUAAUAACAACACCAAUAACAACAACAACAACAAUAACAGCAGUAAUAAUAAUAAUACUGGUAACGGUACAAACAAAAGACAGCAACACCAGAGGGCAAGCAAUAGUGCAGGAAAUCCAAUAGUUAAUCCGACAAUGAAUAAUAUGAUGAUGGAUGUGUCAUUACCGCAACAGUUACAGCGUAGGCUGCAAACAAUCUCACAAGAUGUGAAUUCACGAUCUUUGAAUGGAUACUACGCGCAGCCAACUAGCCCUGGUCAAGGUGGAUUUGGAUUUGGUCUAGAUAAUGAUACAACGCUGUACAACCCGAAUGGCAAUAAUUCAACCUUCAAUAAUAAUACUUCAAAUUCCUGGAAAAGAAGAUCAUUAGGAUCUCUAGGAGAAGACGCACUGGAUGAUGAUACAGUAGAAGAGUUGCUGCAGUUAACAAAUACAGCAAAAAGGCAAAAAACUGCAACUCCAAUUAAUUUCAAUAAUGUUAAUGGGAAUAAUUUGAACACAAUGAAUACAGACUCUAGUCAAACAAUGAAUACAACAAUGAACCCACAGGCAGUGAUGAAUAAUGUAGACAGUAUGAAUCGAAAUAGUACUUUGAGCAGUUUUGCGAACUCAAACACUGCCAACAAUGGAAUGAUGAUUAAUGACACCCUUAACUCUAAUGGUCAAAAUUUAAACAUGAACGCGAAUAAUAACAAUACAGUAACAAAUGCAGAUCUCAUGGUAAAGCACAUCAAAGGCUCUUACGAUACUUUGAUAACCGAAAAAAAUCAGCGAAUCAAUCAUUUGGAAAGGGAAUUGGAAAUGCAGAGGCAAGAGAGUCAAUGGCUGAGAAAAAUGCUUAUUGAGGAUAUGGGGUGUAUAAGAAGUUUAUUAAAGGACCUGCGAAGAUAG